AUGAUUUCAUUUAUUUUCUAUUUUAGAUUAAAACCAGAAUCAAUAGAUGUUAAAAUAGCAGAUUUUGAUGGUGUUUUAUUUCACAUUUCCAACAUAAAUGGAGAUAAAACUAAAGUCAGAACCAGCAUUUCUUUAAAAUUUUAUCAACAAUUACAAGAACAUGGUGCCGACGAAUUGCUCAAGCGUGAAUAUGGUAGUCUCUUAACUGACACGGAAGAUGGUUACAAUGUAUCCGUACUUAUUAAUUUAGAAGAUAUACCCUCAGACUGGGAACAAGUGGCCAAAAAAAUUGGUUUAUUAAAGCGUAAUUGUUUCGCUUCAGUUUUUGAAAAAUAUUUCGAUUUUCAAGAACAAGGUGAAGAGGGACAAAAACGUGCUGUUAUCAAUUAUAGAAAUGAUGAGACUUUAUAUGUUGAAGCCAAAGCGGAUCGUGUUACUGUUGUUUUUAGUACCAUAUUCCGUGAUGAAGAUGAUGUUGUUAUAGGUAAAGUUUUUAUGCAAGAAUUACGAGAAGGUCGGCGUGCAUCGCAUACUGCACCACAAGUGCUCUUUUCCCAUCGUGAACCACCAUUGGAAUUGGCUAAUACGGAUGCUAAAGUUGGCGAUAAUAUUGGUUAUGUUACAUUUGGUAAGUGUUUUUUUAGUUUUAAUUAA